AUGUCAUAUUCGGGUUAACUUGUAAGAAAAUAUUGCAGCCAACCAUCAGAGUCUUUUUCAGAUUUUCUCUAUUCAUUUUUCAUUCUUGGUUUUGCACUGUACGAAACCUCGUUUUUCAUCGACAACUCAGCAUUAUUCUGGCUUGGGCUCCCAUUCUCGAACGCGAGUGCCGCCAGAACAUUUCUCGUACUUCUUAUUGUUCUCGACAGAGUUUUGGUGAGGGGGAAAACAAUUAAAAUGCGAACUUUUGAAAAGAGAAUGUGUGCCUUAAAAGUGCUCCGAGCUGAGAAGCUCUGACGUGUUGCUAAGCUACACGCCGAGACCGACAAUGAAAUGUUACUCGGCAAUUGUUUCAUCUUUAAAAUGGCAUAAAGUUGCAAUCGCCUGCAAUCUUCGAAUCUUAGUCACACUUGUUAAAAAAUUUGCGAUCAAAAAAGAUUAAGUAGUUCAACUUUUGAACCUAUGUGACUGGACCUCGAGAUGCUCCGUCUGUCUAAAGAAUAAUUCUAUUUGAGGCGACUUACCUGCCCAUCAAAUACCACGUCAUCCGCCCGAGAGUCCCCAACUUCGUCAUCCUAAUCACUCCUCUUCUGUUCUUGCUGACUGAGGACAUUGUCAUAUUCGGAGUGUGCGGAAUGAACACCCAUCCGAUCCCCGAGACCUGCACCACCUUCCCAUGCACUCUCAACUCUUGCGGCUACUCCUGGUGGACUUCCUACAAAUCGGUCAUCUUUCCAAUUAUCAUCGCUUUCACAAUUGUGUUAUGCGUCAAACUGAUGACGUACUCGAAACGUCUGCCCAAUUCCGGAGCGUCCGUUAGGGUCUGUGAGCUUUCUUACAUUCUGGGGAGAAAUAUCAUAGUUUAGGCGAACCGCUUAGCUCUUCUGGAUGCUGGCCUUAUAUUCACCUUCGAUUUCAUACCAUCAUUCCUCGCAAAUCAGUUCCCGGACUCUCCUCUCAUAGCUUACACGGUACACAGUUGAUCAGGGAGCAACGAGAGGACACAUGAGACUUUCAGACGACCGGCCCAGUGACGGCGAUGCUGAAACAAGUGGGAAGAGCUGUCGAAUCGGUGAUUGUCGUCGAGAUUCUGGUGAGAAGGUUUCCGAAAGUGGAGACGGACGGGACGAGAGGAAAACGGUCAACCCAGCAACUUCCGGUCGUUUUGAGAGAUACCUCACAUCCUUGA